AUGUCGUCGUCUCAAGAACUCAUCUCGACCCACCGCGAAAACGCGGAGAUAUACACCGAUCCGGCGGUGUGCAAGGAGAAGACGCUGGAGCUCCUCCGGGAGAUCAACAUGCCGUCGGGGCUUCUCCCGAUGGACGACAUCCUGGAGGUCGGCCGGAACCCGGAGACCGGGUUCGUGUGGCUGAAGCAGAAGAAGGCGAAGGAGCACAAGUUCAAGAAGAUCGGAAAACUCGUGUGGUACGACAGCGAGGUCACCGCCUUCGUGGAGGAGCGCCGGAUGAAACACGUCACCGGCGUGAAGUCCAAGGAGCUCCUCAUCUGGGUUACCCUCUCUUACAUCUCCAUUCCCGACCCCGACGCCGGAAAAAUCGUGUUUGCCACCCCCGCCGGCCUCUCUAGGUCCUAUCCCGUCUCGGCUUUCGAAGAAGAAGAAGACAACGAGAAAUGA